AAAAAAAACAGAAAAUGGGACAGACAAAAGUCAAAACUAGCAAAAGUGGAGGACGGCCUCCUCGGAACUCGGAAGUAUGACCGAAGAAGCUGACCAUCGGCCUCUCGUCCUGAUGCACCGCCUCCCCUCGUUCGCUCUACCAUUCGCGAACCGCUUGCACAGCCAUUUCCGCGUCCUCGACCCGCACGCCUCGACCGCCGACGAGCCACCUCAGGCCUUCCUGUCCCGCCACGCCGCAUCCAUACAGGCCCUCAUCUGCGCAGGACCGACCCCAUUGGCCGCCGACGUGCUCGGUCUCCUUCCCUCCCUUCGGAUCGUGGUGGGGUCCAGCGCCGGCGUCGACCACAUCGACGUCGCCGAGUGCCUCCGCCGUGGCAUUGCCGUCACCAAUGCCGGCAACGCAUUCUCCGAGGACGUUGCCGACUAUGCCGUCGCGCUGUUGCUCGAUGUUCUGCGCCAAGUAUCGGCAGGUGACAGGUUCGUUCGGUCCCGGUUGUGGCCUCAAAAGGGAGAGUACCCACUUGGCUCUAAGUUGGGAGGAAAACAAGUUGGUAUCGUUGGGCUGGGAAGCAUUGGCUCUGAAGUUGCAAAAAGGCUUGUGGCAUUCGGCUGCAGGGUUGCAUACAAUUCAAGGAACAAAAAGCCAUCUUCACCCUACCCUUACUAUGAUAAUGUCUGUGACCUAGCAGUUAAUAGUGAUGUUCUUGUUGUUUGUUGUGCGCUGACAAAUGAAACUCACCAUAUAAUCAACAAAGAUGUCUUGACAGCAUUGGGAAGGGGCGGGGUUAUUGUUAAUGUUGGACGUGGUGCUCUUGUUGAUGAGAAGGAACUGGUGCAAUAUUUGGCCCGAGGGGAGAUUGGUGGUGCAGGUCUUGAUGUGUUUGAGAAGGAGCCGGACGUGCCAAAAGAGCUAUUUGCCAUGGAUAAUGUUGUCUUGUCUCCACAUCGUUCUGUUCUGACCCCAGACUCAUUGGAAGCCGUGUUUGAGGUGGUCAUGGCCAACUUGAAGGCUUUCUUUUCAAAUAAACCUUUGCUCUCUCCUGUAUUUUGCUGAUGUCUGAAGUUUGUGAAGUCACUCGGAAGAUUGUUGUGACUUCCUUUGCUCAAUGUUGUUUACGUGGUGUGAUGUCUUGAAUAUUAUUCAUCAUUUUAAGAAUAAAGUUUAUUGAUAAAUGACUAAAA